AUGGAGUCCCCCGCCCCCGACUUCACCGACAGAUACAUCGCGCAGCUGCUAGAGAGAGAUGCCGCGGAGCAGAGUUCGCGCUUCAGCAGGGUAAGCAGGGCGUGUGCGCCGAAGCCGAACACGAGAUUUCUGCGGAACAUUGUGCGGGAGGUGGACUCGCAUAAUGCUGCGUUGCUAGCGAGGGAGCAGAGACGGCGGUCCAGGUCUCGAAAGAGGGAGAGGGAGAGGGAGAGGGCGAGGGCGAGAGAAAAGGAGAGGGAGAGGGCUAGAAGGAAGAAGAGGGAGAGGGAGAGGGAGAGGGAAAGGUAUAGGAGUAGGAGCAGGACUAGGAGUAGGAGCAGGACUAGGAGCCGGAGUAGGAGCAGGAGUAGGAGGAGGAGAAGAAGAAGGAGAGAGGAGGAGAGGGAGGAUAGAGAGGAUAGACACUCGAGCGCAAGGGUUCGGAGACACAGACAUCGUCAUCAUCGUCGGCCCCGGUCUCAUUCUCGUUCUCAUUCUCGUUCUCGUUCCCGUUCUCGGUCCCGGUCUCCGUCUCCACAUCGGCAUCACCGCCACCGUUCUCACCACCGCCGGCGCCAUCGCCGUCGCCGCAACAGCUCCUCUAGGACCAGACACAUCUCAUCCACCCCCGCCCCCGGCGAGAGCCGAGAAGAGCUGAUAGGUCCCCAACCCCCGCCACCACCCGCUCGCGGCCGUGGUGGCACCACCACCACCGAUGGACAAAACCCCAUGGACGCACACUUCGCCUCCUCCUAUGACCCAACGCAAGACUCUCUCUUCCACCCCCCCUCCAACCUCCCCUCCGAUGAUGAAUGGGAUACAGCACUUGAAGCCUACCGUGACCGGCAGAGAUUGAAGAGCUUGCAUGCGGAGCGGCUGAGGGUUGCGGGUUUUGGCGAGGAGAUUAUACGCACUUGGGAGAAGAGUAAGGCAGGAGGGGAGGAGGAUAUUGAGGGGAUCAAGUGGGGGGUGAGGGGGGGCGUCAGGGAGUGGGAUCGCGGGAAG